UCUGUCUACCGCGGCCCGUCCGUCCGUAACGUUGUUUUUGCGCCGUGCGCUCCGACCAAAAUCCAUCACAUCAUAACAUUAAAAGUACAUUAAUUUAUUAUAUUUUAAUAAAAAUAUAAAAUAAAUAACAUUUUCGACAUUUAUUGUGUACCGUCAGUUGUUGUUUUAGUGGUUUUCGUUCACGAACCCGGUAAUUUAAUAACGUAACUUGUCAAUAACAAUAGUAAUAGUGUAGUAUUAAUAUAAAUAAUUUUAAAAUAGUAUAAUCGACGCAUAAAUAUUAUAUAUAUUUUUUUAAUAGUUUAUUUUCAAAAUUAGUUUUUUGUUGUUUAAGUGACGUUCGCGUUUUGUGAUAAUCGCUGUUUAAAGCAGCUCAGUUUAACUCCGUCGCCAUCGCCUGAAUAAUAACAUAUAUUUUCUUUAUAAAAAAUAAAUACGAACGCCGAUUAAUUAUUUUUGUUUCGUGCUACCGUCAUCUUCGACUGUGUGUAUGUAAAGGUGUAUUACCUUGGUGUAUAAAUAUUACACGGCCAACAUUCGAACUCGGCGCACUCCAUAGUAAUGACCCCGAACGACAUGGACCAAAGUCAACAGCAGGCCAACCAGGGUAACACUCAAGAUUACAACGGUUACGCGUUCGGCCAACCGAGUUCUCAAUUCCAACCGAGACAGCCGACCGUCCAGAGUGCCAACAAGAUCGUAAUCAGCAACGUGCCCAGCAGUGUUCGAUUCGAACAAUUGGAUCAGAUACUCUUGCAGUUCGGUCAGGUCAAAGACAUCGAGAAGCUCAGCCAACGCGAUGGACCGACACAGGUUAUACAGAUCACAUUCGAAUCCACCGAACAAGCACACAAUGCAUUAGCCAAUUUGCCAGGUUUAGAGCUUGAGGGUUGCCAAGUUAAAGUUGAACCAGCCAUGGAAAGGAGAAAUCGUAGUGCGAUAAGACAAAGGACCUAUGGUGCUCCUGGCGCUACUCCUACUAUUGGGAAUAGACAAACAGAAUUCCCAUUACGUAUACUGGUGCAUAGCGAUAUGGUUGGUGCAAUUAUUGGCCGAGGUGGUUCUACAAUUCGACAAAUUACACAACAGACAAGAGCCAGGGUUGAUGUCCAUCGGAAAGAUAAUGUUGGUUCUUUGGAAAAAGCUAUAACCAUCUAUGGCAAUCCAGAAAAUUGCACUAAUGCAUGUCGUAAAAUUUUGGAGGUUAUGCAACAAGAAGCGACUAACACUAAUAAAAGUGAUGUGAUACUGAAGAUCUUGGCUCAUAAUAAUCUGAUCGGUAGAAUAAUUGGAAAAGAGGGUAAUACGAUCAAGAGAAUUAUGUCUGAGACUGAAACAAAAAUUACUGUAUCUAGCAUAAAUGACAUCAACAGCUUCAACUACGAAAGAAUAAUUACUGUCAAAGGCUCAAUAGAGAAUAUGUCUAAAGCAGAGGCUCAAAUUAGCGCUAAGCUCAGACAGAGUUUUGAAAACGAUCUACAAUCUAUGGCUCCUCAAACUGUUAUGUUCCCUGGACUUCAUCCAAUGGCAAUGAUGUCAGCAACAGGUAUAACUUAUCCAGGCCGCGGUGGUCCAACUAGUUAUCAACAAUUUGCACCAGCACCAUAUCCUCCCAUGUAUCCAUCUACCAUUCCGGCGAUUAACCCAGCUUUGGCUGCAGAUGUUCAGGAAACAGCAUUUUUGUUUAUACCAAACAGUGCCGUUGGUGCUAUAAUUGGUACUAAGGGUUCCAAUAUCCGUAGUAUGAUUAGAUUUAGUGGUGCAUCAGUCAAAGUUGCAUCUACAGAAAAUGAAAAACAAGGAGUAGCAGGUAGCACAGGUGACGCAAACAGUGCACAACAAGCUAGCCGAAAAGUGACAAUUGUUGGUACAGCUGAUUCUCAGUGGAAGGCUCAAGGUAUGAUAUUUGACAAGUUGCGGGAUGAAGGUUUUGUUCCAAAUAAUGAAGAAGUUAGAUUGACAGUAGAAAUAUUAGUGCCUAGUAGCCAAGUUGGUCGCAUAAUAGGUCGUGGAGGAUCAAAUGUUAGAGAAUUGCAAAGAGUAACUGGAUCUAUAAUUAAACUGCCAACACAAGGAUCAACUGAUGGUACAGAAGACACUACUACUGUACACAUUAUUGGUCACUUUUUGGCUACGCAAUCGGCUCAAAGAAGAAUUCGUUCAAUGGUUGCAUCUGGAGCAAAUCCGGUGCCACGUCCACAACAACGCAACAGCAGACCCACAGAAACACCACAACAGUGAGUUGAUGACAGUUAUCAUUAGUUCCUGGCAAAUAUAUCUCCUCCACUGACGUCAAAUAUUUCUACAUUACAAAUAAUGAUAUUUGCACAAUACAUUAUUGUUGUCAGUUUAUUUGCUACAGGAACUAAUGGCUGUCUUUCCUCACAACAAAUUAAGAGCUACUGUUGACCUUAUAGGUCAAAGGAGGGGAUGUGACUGAUUGCGUGACCAAGAGUACAAACGAUUGUUAGGGUAUAGACAGAGACGAUUUUUGCUUCUAUCUACCUUUCACAAUCGGCUCUUUUUAUACAUGAUUAAAGUUAGGGAUUUUU